AAGAAGCCCCGUGUGGCUUGUGGCCACUUAUGGUGAGCUAGGCCACUGUGCCGACUGUGCUUAGUGGUGGAAGAGAAAGACGAAGAAGAAGAAGAAGCCACUUGUACACUUCACGCUCCAACCGUUCUUGAUUGCACGAACGAGAGGUCUUCGUCACCACAUUUCAUUCCAAUUUGCCAUAACCGCCUUCAAUCAAAAUAUCAACGAUGCAAGCAGAGGCAACGGAACAGCAGCCACCACCAACACCCCCACCCGGGAGCACGUCUACGCACGGCCACAAGACUUCACCCAAAGCCAAGAAACACCGGAAGAAGAAAUCGUCUCCCAGGCCACUGGAUACUGAAACGAAGACAGCUAGUGAGGCCAUGCUUCGCUCGAUGCCAGACGAACCCGAAUCUACUUCACCCAUGCCUAUCACCUCCAAGCAUGCCGAUGACCCAUCCACCGUGACGCACCCAGCAGUGACGAAGGAAGAGGUCCAAUCCGUAACUGACAAAAAGGCACCACCCCGGAGAGCAAACCUGCACCACCAAACUGCAAUCCUCCCGACGCCCUCCUCCACAACACCACAACCAGCGACACCUUCGCCUGACACGUUCACUGGGGAUACCAGAAGCGACAUCGAGGUUACCGGGAGAGGACUUGAAUUCGAUAAAGAAAAGAAGGCUACGAUACAUGCGCCCAGUCGUCCAGCGUUGGAGCAGGGAGAAACGAAGGCCAACUUGGACCUCCUUGCGGACACCGAAUCGGGUCCCAGUAAGACAUUGCCGAAGCCUUCCAGGGUUCAAAUAUUUAACAAUCGGGGUGAACGUUGGAAGUCCGCAGUGUCUUUUGGGAGAGCAACGCGCCAAAACGUCAAGAUCCCUUCAGAGGACCUGGCCCCUAUCCCCAGCCGCUUCAUCGUCACCCUUGUCUUCGUUGUGUUAGUCAUCAUGUGCGUCAUCCUCUACGUGCUCUACUCUUUCGUUUCACCGCGGAAGAGUAGGUUCGAAGACUAUUGCACCACGAAGACCUGCCAGGACGCUGCCACCUAUCUCGACAACGUCACCGACACGCGGUUCAACCCCUGCCUUGACUUCUACAGCUACGUCUGCGCGUCUUGGACUGACAAGGUACACUCCGACGUCGGCUUCAUUCGUGACACCCGCUUAUCGUUGUGGAAGACCGUAAACCAUACGUUACACGGCAUACCGGUUAUACGCAGCCGCUACGGUACGCAUCUCUUACAGGCAUUUUAUAAGUCCUGCUAUAAUUUCAUGGGGAAAAGUUUGAAGGAGCCAGUUCACCUUGCAUUCGAAAGACGCUUUGGACCUGUGCAGGACUUCAUCGAAAAAUCUUACGCCGAUUUACUCGUUAACUUAACGCUAAUAUCGCUCACGCACGGCAUUGAUUCUGUGUUCGGAGUACGGUUUAUCCAAGAGGGUGGACGUGCGAAACUUUAUAUUAUCCGUAGUUGUUCGGUCCUACAAAAACUAAGCGACGAUGGUAAGAGGAUGAUCGACGGUUACCUGCUCGAGCUACUGCAGAAAAUUUCAAGGUCUACGUUCGAUGUCAUGUCCUACCACCAAAAAGUCAUCUCGCUCGACAAUGAGAUUCACGUGAUCUUCAGUGUUCCCGAACCAAUUCAGGACAUGGUCCUUCAAGACCUACAUACACUGACUAAGCACAUCUCUGUUCAAACGUGGCUUGGAUUAUUCAACGAUAUCGUGCAGAGAGACGAAAAAUUUCAGAAUGACAGCAGAAUAAAGUUCAAGGGCUUCAAUUCCACGCGGCGUGUCUUAGCCCUGUUGGAAGAGAAGGCGGACCACAAGCUUCGCGCUUUGUACCUUUACGUUCAACUAGCCGCGGAGCUACUCCGUCUAGACUUCCGCCGACGUUUUACUACAAGCAACAUUGACGUCAUCCACGCGUGCUUAGCGGAAAGCCAAAAAGUGCUGACUCACACCUGGUCCUACGUGUACGCUUCUUUUUCCAAUCUGCCAUCCGUAGAUGCAUCUCUCGAAGCUCUUUACACUCGAGUGUCCGACGCUGUCGUCAACCUAGACUAUUUAGACUGGAUGGACCAAAUGACCCAGCUGAUAACAAUGAGAAUGAUCGACAACGUCUCUUUAACGACCUUUCCGGCCGCGUUUAGUUACGUUUUCCCGUUCGAGACGCCCUACGCUAAUAUCACGAUGCCAGACGUGGACUUCAUAACUGACUACAUUGACCUUUUGGCCAUGGAACAGACAUAUCUGCACAGGUUCCCGCAAAGAGUUGAACAGGCGCAGCUGAAUCGGCUGCAGCUUGAUGGUUCCAUCGAAUAUUCGCAGUUGCUCAAUUCCGUGGUGGUUCCCGCAGUCUAUGGCCUCCCGCCCAUAUUUUACGGAUCGCGGGCACCGCUGCACUUCGACGUAGCUACCGUGGGUGUUCUGAUGAUCGUAGAGCUUUCCAGAGCUCUUGGCCCUUCUGAAGGUGAGACUUUCUGGAGCAAUGCUACCAGGAAGUCUUUCGACGAGUCUUUUCGCUGUCUGAUGAAUGUGUAUGAAGAGAUGUCUCGGACGAACAAAACUAACCAAAAGGAAUUGGUGGACGCUGUCUUUACGUGGACUAGAAGCCUCAGGUUAGCGUACGACGUGGUGAAAGCUCAAGGUGUACCGCAAGGGUACUUGCUACAGGAUGUGGAUCGGGCUUUCUUCAAGCGGUUUUGCCUGCUCAGUUGUACUUCGAGUCAAAAGCCACAGCCAUUGACACCACGUCAGCGGUGCAUGCUGCCCGUGAUGAACAUGCCAGAGUUCUUCGAAGCGUUCGAAUGCCCGGAAAGUGUCGUCUCAAGGGCACGCCAGUGUAAAAUAUUGUGAGUGACCAUGCAGACUGCUGAUACAGGGCCUAAAUAUUGACGAUAAUGUGGACGCUAAGUCAAUUAAAAUAUUUCGU